UUUAUAAGCUCGACGAGGCAAUUGCGUCGAUUUCAAUGCUGACUUGAAACAAGAUUGUCGUCGCUUCUCCUCAAUAUUCACGAACAAUUAUUAGUUCACGACGGCAAUUGAGGCGAGGCGAUGCGUUUUAAGAUCUCGAGCACCGGCAACGUCCUAAGCUCUUCCUGGAUCGCGUGCAAAUUGAAUGAUUGAUUUAGCUAAGUUUUGAUCCCGACGAGUCAUGGGCGGCGCCGCGACGUUGGUCGGAGUGAAACGAGUCGGCGAUUCCAUGCCGCGGGAGGAGUGGGACGACACCAUGCCGCUCCCCGGCGACAUCGUCCAGGGCGUCGCCCCAUCCUGCAGCGCCGGAGACGACCAGGAGCAGCGCCUCGCUGCUUACUCCGCUGCCAGGACUAGGUCGGAGCUCAGCAAUUUGUUGAGCCUGCUCAGUCGCCGGUCCAGCUCCGUCUGGGUCAAGGUCCAGCGAGGCGGCGUCACGCUCGAGCUCCGCACCCGCGUCACCUCCUACCGCGGCAGCAACCUCUAUCGCCGGUACACCGUCAUGGCUGCCGGCGACGAUCGCCAUGUCGCCGUGCUGGGGGAUAUGACGCCUCAACGAUGCACCGAGCUCCAAGGUGAGAGCCUGAAGCCAUUGAAACGCUCCAAAUUGAAAAGAAAAUUUCAAAAAUUUCAUCUCUGUGAAACAGAAAUGAGCAGAAGUGUGGUGAACAUGGACGGAAUCAGCAGCGCCUUCGACAGGAAGAAAAACAUCUGCUACGACUGGAAGAAGAAGAAGGCGAUCUACUUGCCGGAUCGCAACGCCACCCUCGUGAGCUCCAUCCUAUUUAAGCCCUUCCCCACGGACCGUUGCGUGGACGCCGUAACGAGGCGAGCCAUGGCCUGGUUCUCUGCCGCCGUCUCCUCAGGUGCGCCGCUCGUCUUCGUCAACGUUCAAACAGAGUUGUUUUGGAGUACUUCUACAGUACGGAGCAGACACAACCAGCAGGCUUCGAAGUCUUCGUUGCUGCCAGUCAAACAACUGUUAGCCGUACGCCUCUGGUUUCUUCCGGGAACCCACGAGAUCCCAGUGCUCGUCUCCCCGGAGGAAGGAGAGACCAGGUUCGGACUCGACAUUAAAAGAACAGAGGAGGGCUUCAUCUACAUCAGCUCGGUGUCCAGAGGCUCCGCAGCUGACCGCGCGGGGCUGCUCAGCCUCUGCGAUGAGGCGAGCAAAAGCAGGAAUUUGUUGGUGAUUUCUCGGUUGGAAGGGAGAGGAAUCAUCCCGGCGGAGGCGUCGCCCGAAGGCCUCAUCCGUUGCUGCGACCAGGCGGGCAUCAAGGCGGCGCUUGCCACUGCCAUACGAGAGCUGGAGGAGGUUCGCCUCCAUGUCAUGGCUUGGCCUAACCACAGGCCUUGUUCGGCCAACUGCAAGAUGGAUGCUGGUCAUGGACUGCUGCUGCCGCCUGCUGUCACUUCUUCUCCCCAAAAUCUUCACGCAAAAGCUUGAUACCAAUCGAUUGAAAACAUCUGUGACACACAUCUCUCUAGUGAUUUAUGUGACCUACCAAUGAAGCGUUCGAGAAAUCAAUUCCUGUCAUCCCUAGUUUGGAA